AUGUCUGAGCGUUCGAAAGUCCUGACGUACCGUGUUCGCCAACUUCCUCUGGAGAUCGACAAGGCUGGGGUUUCCACGCUAUUGCAACGGUGCCUUCAGGCAGGUGGUAGUCUGCCAGAAGUCCAUGUAUAUUCGCUCGCCAGGAGUCUGGCCUCCCUAUAUACCUCGCGCACCAAAACUGCGACGGUCACAAUAAAGCCUUUGCCGCCACACCUCCAAGGGCGUGAGGGAUGGAGUUUCUGGACAGAUUACCAAGGGGCACGAUACAACAUCAUUAUCGACCUUGAUUUUCUGGACUUUACAGUCCUCAAUGACGUGCGGGACGAAGAGCAUGCCUUUGACUGUAUUUCAAUCAGUGGCCUCGGGAGUCAUCCAUUUGGCUCCUGGCAACACCGUGGCGAAACCCCAUUCAUGUGGUUAAGAGAUGGGAUUCCUGAAGAUUUCCCUGGCAGCCGGUCAAUCAUUUAUGGCUAUGGAUCCCAGGUUCCCGACAGCAGUUCGUUUCAACGUCCCCACGAUAUAGCGGCGCGAUUAGUCAACCGCCUAAGAUCCGUGGGAUUCGGGUCCUCACAGUCAAGACCGGUGAUUCUUCUCGCUCAUAGUCUCGGGGGGAUCAUAUUGAAGGAAGCCCUCAUCAUCCUUGCGGGCAUCUCAGAUCAGGAGUACUCUUUCCUCGGAAACCUCAAGCUGGUCAUUUUCUUCGGCGUGCCACACAAGGGAAUGUCAACAUCGCGCCUCGUUACCAUGGUGCAAGGCAACCCAAACGAGGAUUUGAUCCGCGACCUUUCCCCCAACUCAUCGUAUCUUCGCCACGUCGAGGAACGCUUCAACGGAGUCCAUACCCGUAGGGGAUUCAGAGUCGUCUCGUUCUAUGAAACAAAGACCACCAAAACCGUUCAGCAACAAAAUGACGGCAAGUGGUUGAGGACUGGUCCACCGACCCGCAUGGUGGAUCGUGAAUCAGCCAUACAACGGUGUUCUCGCGACCCCGAGGACAUUUACAGUAUUGAUGAAGACCAUUCAGCAAUGGUCAAGUUCUUUCGGGAUGAUGUCAACUACAGAUGCGUACGGGAUUGCUUGGCCGGAGUCUCGUCAGUGGUUGGCGUAGACUUCGCCGAGAAAUUGGUAAACAGUGCCGGCCUUUUGGCACAGAAGCGGACCCGACGAGGGCGUGACCACAGCACAAAUGCUGCACCUUCGGCGGGAUCUAUGAUGCCCGAAUGCUCAUUCAUCCUAGCUAUUACAUCAUCGCUUCGGCUACAAAUGCUCGAUCGCAGGCUGGCCGAAAUUACCCAUCCCUACCAGUCAACUUUCGGCUGGAUUUUUCGAGAUGACGCCCUUGGAUUUAGCGCCUGGCUGCUCAAAGGCCAAGGAGGGUACUGGAUAAGAGGUAAACCGGGCUCGGGGAAGUCUACUCUCAUGAAGCAUAUCGCGUAUCAUGAGAACACGCAUCAGUUUCUCGACAAAUGGACCUAUCCUGCCCGACUCGUCAAAGCAGGAUUCUUCUUUUAUUACCGGGGUUCGAGAAUCCAAAAGUCGUUUGAUGGCCUGAUCAGAAGCGUCCUGCUCCGGAUUCUGGAAGAAGUCCCUGAGCUUUGCCAGUAUAUCCCAUCAAAGUGUCUUCCACUGCCAGGGAAAACAAAUUUUGAUUGGAGCCCGGGGAACCUGUAUGAUGCAUUACGGUCCGUUCUCGAACAGCGUCGCAUGAGGCUCAAGAUCUGUUUGUUCAUCGACGCUCUGGAUGAGUUUGAUGGCCAUCUCGAAAUCUUGGCAGAUUUCAUCGAGACAUUGAUCGAAGGGGGCUGUAAAGUAUGCUUUUCGAGUCGGCCCCGCGACAUACUUCAGAAGCAUUUUGGCAGCCUCCCUGGGAUCGAUAUGCAGGACUACACGGAAGCGGACAUUCAAAGCUAUACUUGGGGGAGACUGACGAGCUUUGCAGACGUCUUGACCGGAGUGCGCGACACGGUCCACAGCGCAGUGGUAGCGAUCACACGGAAGGCGAACGGAGUCUUCUUAUGGGUAAAGCUAGUCUUGGAUCGUAUCGAGCAAGAAGGAAUCUCGUCGGACAGGAUUUCGACGCUGCUGCACCAAGUGCCAGAAGAGUUGGAAGACUUUUACGCAACAAUCAUCGAACGCAUUCCCGACGAGUUCCGGUGGGAGAUAUAUCUCACGCUGGACGUCAUGCUUCGAGCCCGCGAAGAACCCUUCUUGCCGCAAAUUUUCUGGAUAGUCAAAUGGGCUCAAUGCUAUACCUUGGGAGAAUGUUUCGAGAAGCUCCAGGAAGAAGACGAUUUCUUAGGGUUUUGCCAUCGGCUUAAAGAGCGCUGCGGGGGUCUGAUCGAAAUUGCCGAGCCAUUCAACACGAGAACGCGCAUUCGGCUCAUCCACGAGACGGUGCGAGAAUUUGUCGGCGGGCCGGGGUUCCAAGAACUGAUGGUUGGGCGAGCAGCCCUUUUCAGAGCUCAGAACGGAUACACGGAGCUUGCCAAGUUGUACCUUGCAGCUCUGAGAUUUCCCUCCAACGUCAAGAUCGAGACGCAUGCAUACGGCCUCACAGAGAUGUGCAUGCUUUACUGUCAUCUUGCAGAGUCGACGACGGGAGUUUGUCAAUCUCAGCUGAUAGAUGCACUUCAGCCAGAUGACUUUGCCAACGUGGCAUCGACGGCUCGCUCUGUUGCGUGCGUCGAUAAUGAUGGUACGCACAUCAAGGAUAUCCCGGUGUGUCCAACUUCUGCGAUCGGGUUUGCCGUAUCAUCCGGCCUCUUGAUCUACAUGCAACAAAAGCUAGGUCACGGCGACACUUCGGACACGAUGAUCGAAGAGGCACUCCACGCUGUGGUUCAAAUCGUCAAAAACUUGCAGAGACACAAAUGGCGGUUGUGGGACAAAGAUGCACCUCCAGACCACCACCAGAUGGCACGGCUACUGCUGGAAGCGCCAGGAAAGUCUCACUAUCUCGGGGCAACGGCAUUCGGAUCGCUUUUUCUGAACCAGUCUGGCACCGACGGCUUUGCAUACGCCAACCAGGCAUUCCUCGCCAUCGGUCAAUACCACGAUUCCAAGAGCAUUCUCGACCUAGCUCGGCUCUUCCUCAGCAACGGCCAAGACGCAAACAUGGAGUUGACGGAAGAGUCGAGAUUUGCGGUCGGGAGAUGUGGAAACCCAAGGGGCCCAAAGCCUCUCCAUCUUGCAGUCAACAAGAUGGCAGAGCUCCUUCUGAGCUACAAUGCUGAAAUCAACGCCACGGAUAGGGAAGGAAGGACUCCGCUGGAUGCUGCCAUCAAGAGACUUGUGGUGGGAUGGCUGUUUAUCCCGGACAAAGUAACCACCACUGCGAGCGAAGAACACAUCGACAUGCUGAUGGGUGAGGGGGCGUGUAUCACGCAGGCUGGAUUGAGGUUCUAUCCGUUGUGCGUCGAUAUUUUUACAAACAGUGGCCGCGAUAUCCAGGGACUGCUUGAGCUGCCGCGAAGGUAUCGAGGGUUGAGUUGGGGUUUCGCAGACUGGCAAGAAUCCCAUUUCGGAGUAGAGAUGAUUACUGUUGAAGACUGGACGCUUCGUUAG